UCCCCUGACUCAGUGGCUCUAGCCUCCCUGAGGCUGCAAGUGUUAAUUUAGGGGCCUCCUGGUUCCACCUUAUUAGGUAUUGGCAACAGGAACAUGAGGGCCCAGAGCUGCCUCCUCCUGGUGGCCCUCCUGGCUUUUGGGAGCCAGCUGCCUGCUGCCUUGGGCAGGAGGAAGGGAGAGAAAUCUGGGGCCUGCCCACCAGAUGACAGGCCCUGCCUAUCAGUGCCUGACCAGUGUACGGAUGACAGCCAGUGUCCCUUAAUGAAAAAGUGCUGCCCCCAAGCUUGCUUCCGCCAGUGCGUCCGUAAGGUCGCAGUUAAGAUGGGCAGCUGCCCCAAGGACCCAUUGCGCUGCCGUAGCCCUGUACAGCACCUGUGCUCCAAGGACUCAGACUGCUGGGGCCGCAAACGGUGCUGCCUCGGUGCCUGCGGCCGGGACUGCAGAAACCCUGUCUGAGGCUAAUUCUGGUUUCAGAUCCAUAGCUCUGAACCUCAGGAUGGGAUUCCCUGCAGGAAGAUACAAUGAUGGGCGUCCUGGGACCCAGCCACCCAGACAGCACUCUCUGCCAGUGGCAAUUCCAACCUUCUGAUAAACACUGUUCUAGGAGAAUUUUCCAAACAUCAAUCUAUUCACAUACCCGUUUCACAGUGUUCGCCACACCUGCAGAAUAGCAUCAUGAUAUUUUGUGUAUUGCCUGUACUCAUUUACCUAAUGUUUUUCUUUUAAUGGACUCACUUUUGUAUAAAAAUAAACUUAUUUCAAAAGAAAGGCUGG